AUGUUCGCUAGAGCUACUUUCAGGCUCUCGCAGCCUGCUAGACAGAGCUUCCGUAAAUACUCGACCGAAGCACCCACCAAGAGCAAUACCUUGCAAAACAUCGCCUUCGCCGUCGGUGCCAUUGGUAUAGGUACGGGCGUGUACCGGUACAUGCAGAGCAAACCAGCGGUCGCUGAAGAAGUCAAGGAGCGCGCAAAGGUGUUUUCUGGCGGCGACCAGGGAUUCGUGAAUUUGAAGCUCGCCGAUAUUGAGGUUGUGAGCCCUGAUACCAAGCGGUACCGAUUUGAGUUUGAGGAUAAGGAGGCUGUUUCUGGUCUGCACGUUGCGUCUGCCUUGCUCACUAAGUACGCCCCACCUGAGGGCAAGCCUAUCCUCCGUCCUUACACUCCAAUCUCCGAUGAAGACACACCUGGACACUUGGACCUCAUUGUCAAGCACUACCCCAAUGGAGCCAUGACCUCGCACAUGGAUAGCAUGAGCGUCGGCCAGAGCCUCGAUUUCAAGGGACCUCUCCCCAAGUACCCUUGGGACGCCAACAAACACACCCACAUUGCACUCAUCGCUGGUGGUACCGGUAUCACCCCCAUGUACCAAUUGAUCCGCGCCAUCUUCAAGAACCCCGAGGACAAGACCAAGGUUACUCUUGUUUACGGAAACGUCACUGAGGAUGACAUCCUCUUGAAGAAGGAGCUCCAGCACUUGGAGAACACCUACCCUCAGCGCUUCAAGACUUUCUACCUUCUUGACAAGCCUCCCAAGGAGUGGACUGGUGGCUCGGGUUACGUGACCAAGGAACUCUUGAAGACUGUUCUCCCGGAGCCCAAGGAGGAGAACAUCAAGGUGUUUGUUUGCGGACCUCCCGGAAUGUACAAGGCUAUCAGCGGUGGUAAGAAGAGCCCCAGGGACCAGGGUGAGCUGACCGGAUACUUGAAGGAGCUUGGUUAUGACCAGGAGCAGGUCUACAAGUUCUAG